AUGGCGGCGAAAAAAGUUGCUAUCAUCGGGGGUGGACCCUCGGGCUUAACCACACUCAAGGAAUGCUUGGACAAUGGCCUGGAUGCUGUUGUAUUCGAAGGACGCAAUGGAAUCGGAGGGCAGUGGCGCUAUGAAGACCCGGCCCCGGAAACGGACGAUGCCGUAUCCUCCAUCUAUGAAGGAGUGAUUCUAAACUCUGCCCGUGAUACAUCGUGUUAUAGCGAUUUCCCCAUUGAUCCUGCGCAAUAUCCGACAUAUUUCAGCCAUCGCAGGAUGCUAAAUUAUCUAGAGGACUACGCCAGCCACUUUGGGCUGGGGAAGUAUAUACAAUUGAAUACCAAAGUGACCCCCUGCAACCAACUCCCAGACGGGAGGUGGACCGUGGUGUAUGAAGAAAAGGGCGCAGAUCAAAUAACAUCGGAAUAUGACGCCAUUUUCGCUUUCAUGUGUACCGGAGGCCGGCCAGAUUUGAGGGGAAAAAGGUUGCCCUCAUUGGUUUUCGGCUCCUCAGCUGUGGAUUUGGCUUGCGAGCUGGUUCCAGUGGCAAAGGAGGUGCACAUGGUUACGAGGAGAGGCGGGUGGAUUAUACCUCGCUAUGUAAUCGGUCAGCCACUCGAGUCAUAUGACAAUCGAGUUGCUGAGACACUUCUACCUGAUAGUCUUUCAAAAUGGGUCCAAACAAAGAUAAUGGACUUUGCCAUCGGCAAGCAUCCGGAGGUGAUUAAACCGGACCACAAAAUACUACAGGCGAGCGUGACUGUGCAUAGCAAUCUGAUUGAGUUCAUUAACGUUGGGAAAGUCAAAGUCCAUCGCGCGACUGUGAAACAGUUUACCGAAACUUCUCUCGUUCUUACCAAUGACACAGAGCUAGAUGUUGACGUAGUAAUUUGCUGCACUGGUUACCAUAUGGAUAUGCCCUACCUACCGAAGGAAACCUACCAUGUGAAGGACAAUCCAAUUUUGAAAUCCCCAAACACGCUCGACCUGUAUAAAUUGGUCGUUUCUCCUCGGUUCCCUAAUCUUUUCUUUAUCGGCUGUGUCGAAUUACCUGGGCCUCUCUUUCCCGUUGCCGAAUCCCAGGCAAGGUGGGCGUCGGGAAUAGUGACAGGCAAAGUGAAACUGCCGUCAGCCGAUGAGAUGACUCGGCAGGUGAAAGAGUACCAGGCGAAUUUAACUAAAACAAUGGUGGUCUCCGACCGUCAUACAAUAAACGUCCAUUUCCUUCCCUACUGCGACUCUCUCCUUGCCGAUCUCGACGCGAACCCCACGUUCGCCCGCCUUUUACAUAGACUUGUCACCUCGAAUCCAUUCCGUGCCUUCGCAGUGCUGAAAGCAGUGUAUUUCGGCAUCAACUCGCCCGCACAAUAUCGAUUAUUCGGACAUGGGCGGAAGCCAGAGCUAGCUGCUGCUACCUUGACGAGGUUGGCGGCUGGAACAGGGAUAAGCGAGAAGGAAAAGGCGCUUAUGGACGACGAUGCCAACUCCUAA